UAACUACACUGUUUGACGGUCAUCUCCACUUUUAGUAUUUGCAUCAGGUGUUCAGUUUAGCUUUAUCUUAGCUCCAUCUUUUAGCACGUCUACACUACACUGUUCAAAUAAACGGUCUAGUAGCCUAUAAUGCGAAGAGAUGAGCCAGGGCUCCAUGAAAAUUGAACGACCCACGCACUUAGAUGGGUACCCCGUUUGCGAUGCGAAUGCGAUACAGCGUGAUCACAUUUAGGCUAUUUAUAGGAUCUCACUGAGUACGACAGGCGUUACAGGUGUAUGGUCGAGAAAACGCGGAAGUGACGUUAAUGCUCACAAGACAAGGAUUAAACCAUUGGAUUACUGUAAUUUGACGGCCAGAGCUGGAAUCCACCUCUCGGUCUCCGAGUGAAAAAUAAAAACGGUGACAGGCUUGAAGGGUCACGCCAGUUUUGUGAGGAGAACAGUCAGCACUGUACCAGGACAUGGUUAUCAGCUCUCAGAAAGGUCUCUCCAGUAGAAGUAUAAACUAGGCCCCUCCGUCAGCGUGUGGUCAGCGGUAGGCCAGCGAGGCGGGGCGUCCCAUGCACACGCCUAGCGGCACCAUGGGUAGUUCGCCCGAGGUUCUCUCCUGGACCUCCUGCCCAAGCCUGCUGGUGGGCAAGCUCAAGGAGGAGCUCAAGCUGACCGUGGUGGGGGGCGACGUGGCCGCCAAGAAGAACAGCAACCCCCCCAACCACCCCCCCAACGUGACCAACGCAGGGGGCAACCCCCAGGGCCCCCUGGCCCCUAUCUCCGUGCUCCUGCCCCCCUCUGGCGUGCCCGUCGCCCACCUGCCCCCCCAGAUCAUCACGGACCUGGCGCCCCCUACGCACCUGCCCGUGCCCCUCCAGCAGCUGACCCUCCCCGGCCGCGGCGGCCUCGGCUUGGGCAGCGGAGGCGAGGAGGAUUGUGCGCUGGGCGGCGUGAGCCCGCCCAUCACGGCGCUGAGCGAGGACUCCACGCGCGAGCAGGACCACUUCGAGAACAGCAUGCUGCAGCUCCAGGAGCACGAGGACGUGGAGGCCGAGUCGCCGGGCUCCUGCGGCCAGGGAGGGUGCCUCAGCGGCGGGGAGGAUGCCAACGAGGAGGGGGGUGGAGGUGGUGGAGGUGGAGGAGGUGGAGGGGGCGAUGGGUGCCCUGAGGACCAGCACGGAGGCGGGGACGGCAUGCACCCCCGAUGCCACCACCACCACCCGCACCCCGACGACAUCAAGCUGCACUUCCAGAGGGCUGGACAGACAGGGGGCUUCCUGGAAGGGCUCUUCGGAUGCCUGAAGCCUGUGUGGAACAUCAUCGGCAAGACCUACUCCACGGAGUAUAAGCUGCAGCAGCAAGACAUGUGGGAGGUUCCGUUUGAGGAGAUCUCGGAGCUGCAGUGGUUGGGCAGUGGGGCCCAGGGGGCCGUGUUCCUGGGCAAGUUCCGCUCCGAGGAGGUGGCCAUCAAGAAGGUCCGCGAGCAGAAGGAGACGGACAUCAAGCACCUGCGCAAACUCAAGCACCCCAACAUCAUCGCAUUCAAGGGUGUGUGCACCCAGGCCCCGUGCUAUUGCAUCAUCAUGGAGUACUGUGCCCAGGGCCAGCUGUACGAGGUGCUGCGGGCUGGACGCAAGGUGACCCCGCGCAUGCUGGUGGACUGGGCGUCCGGCAUCGCCAGCGGCAUGAACUACCUACAUCUGCACAAGAUCAUCCACAGAGACCUCAAAUCACCAAAUGUGUUGGUCACGCACAAUGACGCGGUGAAAAUCUCAGACUUCGGGACCUCCAAAGAGCUCAGUGACAAGAGCACCAAGAUGUCCUUUGCGGGGACGGUGGCCUGGAUGGCCCCCGAGGUGAUCAGGAACGAGCCAGUGUCAGAGAAGGUGGACAUCUGGUCGUUCGGGGUGGUUCUCUGGGAGCUGCUGACAGGCGAGAUCCCUUAUAAGGAUGUGGACUCGUCGGCUAUUAUCUGGGGCGUGGGCAGCAACAGCCUGCACCUGCCUGUGCCCUCCACCUGUCCCGACGGCUUCAAGAUCCUCAUGAAGCAGACGUGGCAGGGGAAGCCCAGGAACCGACCCUCGUUCCGCCAGAUCCUGCUGCACCUGGACAUCGCCUCUGCCGACAUCCUGGGAGCCCCUCAGGAGACCUACUUCAAGUCUCAGGCGGAAUGGCGAGAGGAAGUGAAGAAGCACUUUGAGAAGAUCAAGAGUGAGGGCACGUGCAUCCACCGCCUGGACGAGGAGCUCAUCCGCCGCAGGAGGGACGAGCUCAGGCAUGCUCUGGACAUCCGAGAGCACUAUGAGCGGAAGCUGGAGAGAGCCAAUAACCUCUACAUGGAGCUGAGCGCCAUCAUGCUGCAGCUGGAGGUCCGGGAGAAGGAGCUCAUGAAGAGGGAGCAGGCGGUGGAGAAGAAGUACCCGGGCAGCUACAAGCGCCCGAUGGUGCGGCCCAUCGUCAGGCCCAACGCCGUCGAGAAGCUCAUCAAGAAGAAGGGCAGCGUGUCGCACAAGCCCGGCACCCAGACGCCCAAGAGGCCUCCUGACCUGCUCCGGGCGGAUGGCAUCCCCAGUGUGGACCCCCUCCCCUCCCCAUCGCCCCUCUCCGGCAGCCCCAAGGUCUCCACGCCGCCUGGCAAGGCCCGCUACCGCAGCAAGCCGCGCCACCGCCGGGCAAACAGCAAGGGCAGCCACAACGACUUCCCCGGGGUCCUGAAGAGCAGCAGCACGGGGAUUAGCGGCGCGGCUAGCAGCGAGGAGCAGCAGCCUCUCCAGCAGCAGACACAGCAGCAGACACCUCAGCUCUACCACCACCACCACCACCUCCAGCAGCCCCAGCACCACCACCUCCCGACGCUGCCAGCAGAGGGCGCCCUGCUGCCGCUGAAGCGCCGGGAGAACGCGGUGGCCACCUGUGCCAACAACCUGCGGUACUUCGGUCCGGCAGCGGCGCUGCGCAGCCCGCAGACGGACCACUUCCAGCGCCUCGUGUCCAACCCCGACCUCAUCUCCACGGCCGUGGACGCCGACUCCCGGCGGGUCACCGGCACCGGCGACCUCGAUAACGGCAUUCCAGACGCCGCAGCAAGCAGCGAGGACGCCACCGCCGCUCCACUGCCCUCCACUGUGAUGGGCCUGGCCGUGUCCAGCUCCUCCCUGAGCUCGGGGCCGGGCCCGCUGUGUCCCUGCUGCCAGGCGCACCCUUACCCGGACUGCCCGCACUGCCAGGAGGAGAACGUGGCCCCCGCGGCCAGCCACCCCGAGAUGCCCCACUACUCCCUGCUCAGCACCUGUGAGGGCAAGCCCCAGCCGGCCGCGCCCCGUCUCGGGGAGCCCGCCUCCGACGCGGAGAACCAGGGCCGGCAGGGGGACAGGGAGCGGGCAGAGCAGGGCGCCCCGCGAAGCAGCCUCCCCCCUGGGGUCGUACGCAUGCUCCGGCCCCUCAGGAAGACUGGAGAUGACUCAUCAGAAGAGGAGGAAGGGGAGGUGGACAGUGAGGUGGAGUUUCCACGGAGACAGAGGCCCCACCGCUGCAUGAGCAGCUUCCAAUCGUACUCGACGUUCAGCUCGGAGAACCUGUCGGUGUCGGACGGCGAGGAGGGCAACACGAGCGACCGCUCCAACAGCGGCCCGCUGGAGCGCCUGAGCGGCAGCCAGGAGGAACACCUGGACGAGCUGCUGGCCCACACGCCCGAGAUCCCCAUCGACAUCUCCACGCAGUCCGACGGCCUCUCCGACAAGGAGUGUGCCGUGCGCCGCGUCAAGACACAGAUCUCCCUGGGCAAGCUGUGCACCGACGAGCACAGCUAUGAGAACCCGUUGCACUUUGGGGACUCCGACACCGACUCAGAUGCCGAGUGUUCCGACGCAACGAUCCGCAACCCCAAACCCUGCGCCCCCUCUUCCUGGUGAGGAUCGAACCCAACCUCGCAAAACCCCGUCUCUGCACGAGGGAAACCAUGGCAAUAACCAACCAGAUUGGCUGUAUGCAGCCACACCCUCAACCCCCCACCUCCCAAACUCGCUGACAACCCCUUCCCCUCCCUCCUGCCCUCAUUACCCAGUCACCUUGGCAACCUAAAGCAGGGAUUCCUUCGAAUGACACUGUAGCAAAAUAUAUAGCAUUCAAAAUUUUUAUUUUUGUUUGAAGUCUCGAGGAAGUGAAAACAAAAUCAGGAACUCUGUAUAGAUAGAAUCAAAAUCGAACAAAGAAAAAAAACUAAAAAAAAAAAUAACUUUGCAAUGUAGAUGUGUGGGUGGAGUAUAUGUGCUUGAGUCGACUGAUUUGGGACACUAAUGUUUGUGACCCGAGAGACUGGGCAUUUGUGUAGAAUAUGAAGCAAGUGUGUGUGUGUGUGUGUGUGUGCGCACAUAUGUAUGUAUGUGUGUAUGAGAAUGUGUGUGUCUGUGUUGAGUCCUUGAGUUCUUGGGCAUAGCAGUAGAUCAGUGUGUAGUUGAAGACCAUUCCAUGAUGGGGGGCCAGCUGUAGACUGUCCUUUCUGAAGGGACGGACCUGAUAAGUGUUCCUCCACCUUUGCCCUGCGCAUCCACCUCCACAUAAUCUAGCCAGCCUCCUCUGUCUGGCUACGCAGAGCUACCUGUUGAAUCUCUAGGUUUACAGAAUCGACCCCCCCCCCCACCACCACCACACACACACACACACACACACACACAUACCCCCCUAUUUAUCCCAUCCCCAGCCCUGCCUAUCACCUCAGCAGGGGGAAUCAGGGAUGGUGUACCCCAAGUUUUUAGACACCAGCAUGAGACAUUCAUCCUCCUGUCUGUCCAUAUUCCCUCUCUCUCUCUCUCUCUCUCUCUCUCUCUCUCUCUCUCUCUCUCUCUUUCUCCUCUCUCUCUCUAUCUCUCUUUCUCUUUCUUUCUCUCCGCCAACGUGCUUUUGUUCGAAUGGAUCUCUUCUCCCCCAAACCCAACCGUAGAACCCCCUCUCUCCUGCAUGGCCCCCCGCAAGUGUUCAACAAGUCACUGGGUUCGUCAUCACUGUUGUCGCAGAGACCAGGAAGAUGGACUUCGGAGGCAGGCGCCCACCCCCACCUCAGACUGGACCAGAAAGGGGGCGAUCACACAGGAAGCUGUUUAAAGGCAGCGUGCUUGUUUGACGUCAGAAACAAACACACACACACACACAAACACACACACACACACGACUAUGCGCUGCUCCUGUCCUUCCCGUUGUUCCUUCAUCUCAGGAGUGUUGGAAAUAGAAGAGGACUGAGAGACUUAAUGGACGAGCACCAACAAAUACAAACAAAGGCCGUUAAGGACUCCUAAUGUAAAGCAGGUUUUAGUCUUCUGGGCAGACCUGCAUCUCUGCUCAUCUAUGUUUGGUUUAACAUGGUUGACUUUUUUUUCUCAUUAUGUUUUCCUGGUCAUUCACCUGCCCAUAAAUAGUAGAAUUUGUGCAGCGUUGGUUUUUUGCGGUGAAUUUGCAGUAUCCCUUUUAAGGAGUUCGCUCAGGCAUAAAAGUCUGUCUUUUUUCGUUGUUGUUGUUUAUUGUUGUUGUUAUUGUUGUUGUUCUUGCCGUUCCUGUUGAUGUUAUUGUUUUUGUUUAUGCACUUGUUUCUUUGUCUGUUUGCGUCGUUGGUGCUGAAUGAGCGUAUAAAUGAAUGUUUACAGAAAGGUAUUUGAAAAAGAAAACAAACACACUAAAGAAGCACAGGCUCGGCUCCCUGCCCGCCCACUGCGGUCAGAUGCUUGGACCAGGAACGAACCAGCAAUAAUGUCGGUUUCCGCUCAGGCUGAAAAUAGGUUUGACCCGCUCAGGAGUGUCCAGCAGGCUGGACAGACAGACGCUCGGACAAGUCAGAGGUGACGUGUAGUGAAAAGCAGCUUUCGAGAUCCUUUAUAUUUUUUAACUGAGAAUUCCAGAAUCUGAUGCUCAGGUAUUGAUUUGACCACAGUGUUCAGCGUAAUAGCAAUGGGUGCCCACUAGGUGGCUGCAGACUUCUUGAUCUACAUAUAUAUUUUUAACCCCCACAAUCCUUGCUGUCAAGGAGAGAUGGUAUUUAAUUUUGCAUUGAGCCCAGUAAGGCUAGAACUGACUUACUACUUAGUGAACUUAACUGUGUCAUACUUGUACAUGUACUGCUGUCACAAAUUUGUAUGUUUUGUUUUUUCUAUCCAAGUGAAGGGAUACUGCAUCUUCCCCAUAAACUUUCCCUGCUAUCUAGGCUAUCCAUUUUAAUUGUUGUCUUUCAUUUUAUGGUGUAUGUAUUGAAGGUGUCAUUAGAUUGGCCAGUUGUUAACUAGAUAAAAGUGAUAUCUUGUUCUUGUUCGUGAAGAGAUGUUGGCAAACGUGGCAUAGCCUAAGCUGUGAAAUGAAAAUGCUUCAGCCCGUUUCGUAUGGUUUCACGCUUUUGGACAAUUGCCGAAAACAAGUUCCAGGUUUCCAGGCAACAGAAUGCCAGAGGAAGAACUGACUGUCAUAACGUCUAAUGUCUUGAUAUCUGUCAAGCCGCCCGCCUGCUGUAUAGCCACUUUAAUAUCCAGAUCAGUAGCGUGAGAACUGGGUUUUAGGGUUGAGUAGACCAAAUGUCAGCCAACUCAAAAGACAAGAUUAUUGUGAUGUGUGUGGGAUUUGUUUUUCAUGAAACGGGCCCAUUGUGUUGAAUCAAACUUGUUUAUUUUGUUUACGUGUGAUCCACUUAAUAUUACACUAUUCUGACCACCAGAAAUCAAACUGUGGUGUUAUGACAAAAACUGCAAUGAUGACUGGCAUAUGGAAGCCAUCAAUAGAUCCUUGUAAAGUAUCAUUUAUUUUAUUUGUUGAUUUAAGUUUAAUUUAAUUUAAUUUAAUUUAAUUUAAUGUUAUUUUUCUCUUGGAUAUUUUGUAGCUGGUCUACAUGAUUAUUAAGUUAACUUAUUAUGGAUAACCUGGACAGGUAAAAGAAAUCAGUGUAAUAAUCUCUUGACUUAUUGACUUUUUUGCUUGCUUGUUUGUUUGUUUUCUCUAUCUUUUGACAUCUCAGUAAUUCUGACUGGAUUGAAAACCUCUGAGGUCUGUAAAGUAAUCAGUAUAGGACACUGUUGGAAAUGAUCAUGCUACCGGACGAUUGAGAUAAAAUCCUCUGUAACUUCUCUUCUUGUCUCUGUCCUCCUCUGACGGUGGUCUUCAGUUCCCUAAUGACCCACUCCUGUAGGCUUGUAGGGCUCCCACGUCCCACCCAAAGCAGAGUAGUUAUCACAUAUCAGCUGAAGCUGUGUUGACCAACAGACGUAGCCAGUAGGCCAUGACAGAAUUUCACCACCUUGUAGGACAUCCAGGACACCAGCCUCCCCAGGUCAAUCUUUCAAGGGCAUUUCUUUUUUAUCUGCUCCACUGUCCCGUGUUUGAGGUUGCCGUUGGCAACAAGGGAGUGUUGUCCGUGUACCACCUUAUCUAGUAUCAGACCGCUCCACAGACAGACAGGAGGGUCUGCUUUAAACGCAGGCACUUCACUGGCACGAUGCCAAAACACAUCCAGGAUACAGUGUUAGUUCCUAAUCACACACACACACACACACACACACACACACACACACACACACACACACACACACUGGUGUAAUCUGGACUCUGGUCACGAUUGCCAGGUUGCAAACAUGUAUUCAGCUCUAGUGGUAGGUCGAGAUUGGUAGAGUUUUAGUGCGUAGACUUUUACAAGCAGAGAAAGACCGACUCCUAGGAGAGGCUGGCGCUGUGGAUCCGGCUGGCAGCUGGGCCAAAUCCGGUUGCAAGCCGGCAGCUAUCUGAGCAAGAGGAAGUACCACACUGUCAGGCUAUAGACAUCUGCCAACACCUCAGCCAACGGGUGAUUCUCUCUCUCUCUCUCUCUCUCUCUCUAUCUAUCUAUCUAUCUAUCUUUCUUUCUGUUUCAUCAUAUUCUCUCAUUCUCUUGAAUAUUCCAUAUUACAAUUGCUUCUUUUUCCCCCCCAAACGGUUCUGUUAAUAGUAACUGACUGUGUGCAGAAUGUCAUUUUAAUCUGUUGAAACCUCAUUUCUUCCUCCUGGUUUAUGUCUCUCCCUCUUCCAUGUCUGUCUUUCUUCACUUAUGCCCCGCCUUUUCCCCCCUUCGCCUGUAUUUUUUUUUCUUGAAUGGCGUAAUGAUCAACCAAUCCUGACAGUUUCCUGUAUUAGCCAGUGUACAGUGCAAUGGGGAGAGGGGGUGGGAGUGAAAUCAAAGCAAACAACUGCAUGGAAUAAACACUGCUGUACUGUACCAAA